GUCAACAUCGUCGGUGUGUGCGUCCAUCGCUCGUCCUCACAAUGAGCUCAGCGUCGGCCGCGCAGCAGCAACAGCAGCAGCAGCAGCAGCAGCAGGAGGUGCCACGCCAGAAGGGCGUAGUGUCGGCCAAGGACUAUGAGGCUCGUCUGGAGGUACGUGCCCACACCUACACCAUGGAAAUGGCACAGAUCCAUUCAUUCAUUCAUCCAUCCAUCUGUUGUGCUGCAUGGGUCUGCAUGGGCCUGCAGGAGGUGCUCAAGGAGGUCAAGAAGGCCAGCCGCCCGAACGAGCCGGAGUUCAUUGAUCUCUGGGGCAUCUACGACCCCCAUAUGAUGGAGGACAUCAUCGCUGACGACCCUGAGCAGCACGAAAAGAACAAGAAGGUAUAUACCCAGAUCUGCACUUCCUCUCUGUCCAGGAAAGGAUGGAUGGUUUAUGGGUGCAGGAGGUGGUCUAUCCGUAUCCGAGCAUCGUCAUCACCAAAGUACCCGAGUUCUACCGCCAGCAGCCCAACCAAGGUGCGCGUCCGCACCGGAAUGCACGUGUGGCCCGCCCCUUCUGUGUGUGCGUACCAGGCUGGCGUGACUUCGAGAAGUGUAAGCUGGGCCACAUCGGCAAUGAAGACGAAAAGAACGUCCUACUCACACUCGCCAUCAAAGCUAAAGAGCCGGUCGGUUGAUAGCGACGGACACCACAACACAAAGGCCGCACAACACCUCUGAUGCUCUCAGGCGAAGGGCGUCACCUGGGCUGAGUUUCUAGAGGAAAUGAGCGCCUACGAGGGGGGCGCCAUGUGCAGCUGGAACGGCAGGGAGUGCGAGUAAGCGACGGACGUUUGUAUGUGAUGUUUGUAUGUGUCUCAUGAUGACACGUAGGUUGCUGGCAGGGGGCCAUCGCGACUCGUCCGGCCGAUACAGACUCAGCUACAGGCGCUGACCACUCAAGAGGCCAGCAGCAGCUGGUGUGUGUACAGGCGAAGACAAGGCUACACACAGAUCAAGACAAGGCCACCGUAGUCGCUAGCGCAGCAGAAGCGCGUUCGGUUUGUUGAUGGAACGAUGCACGCAUUCAUUGCACGCACGUGUGCGCCGAGGUGCCUGGGGACCGGUAGAGGACGCUUGCACGUAUGUGUCUGUGUCUGCUUGCAUCGUGCGAUGCUGCAUAGGACGGCCUGACAAUUCGUGCCUUCGGAGUGAAAGAAUGGAU